AGUUUAGCUGAACAUUAUUAUAGGACAAGCUACCUAAAAAUUGACCCGAAAACCCUUACGACCACCAGAAAGUAUAGCUGAAAAUGAAGUAAGCAAAUAGUAAUGGAAACUCUACCAAACUAUCAUAUCCACCAACCUUCCUUUUGCUUAAUCUGAAGUCUUAGCUGCUCUUUCGUUUUCUGCAAUCACCCAGUGCUUUUUUCCUUUAUUUCUAAGCAUCACAACAGCAAUCACCUCUCUUCAUCUCAGCUCACUCCCUUCUUUCUGACAAAAACAUAAAUGUUAUACAUUAACCCCCAGAUGCAAAGCUCCAAACUCCAUCUUUCCCUUCCUCCUAGAAUAGUGAAACAAGCUGCUGAAUUCUCCGAACUCUCGUCCUUUCCAACGACGGUUGAGGCUAGAAAACAUGAGACCAAAACCUCAUCGCCUCUCUAAUCUUAAGAUCCUCAUCAUUGGUGUCUUCGUCGCCUUUCUCCUCUUGUUUGUGCUGAGGUCGAGCUUUUCGUCUUCCAAUUCAGAUGCCUUUUUGCCGAAAGACUCAAAAAUUGUAAUAGGAAGAGCGGAGAAUUGCUCACGGACCUGUGGAAAGAUUCCUCCCUCGCUAGCCCAGGCUCUCAUCCACUACACAACCUCAACGAUCACGCCGCAACAAACACUCAAAGAGAUCAAAGUAACCUCUAGGGUUCUACAGAAGAAGUCCCCAUGCAACUUCCUGGUUUUCGGCCUAGGCCAUGACAGCCUCAUGUGGGCUGCACUCAACCAUGGUGGCCGGACGAUCUUUCUGGAUGAAGACGCAGUUUGGAUUGAGCGGAUCAGGCGGCGGUUCCCCAUGUUGGAGUCCUAUCAUGUAACCUAUGAUAGCAAGGUGAACCAGGCUGAUGAGCUCAUGGAGGCUGGCAAAAGACCAGAAUGCACCGCCAUUGUUGAUGCUAGAUAUUCUAUGUGCCAGCUUGGCCUGAAGGGCUUGCCUGGUGAGGUUUAUGAUAUAAAAUGGGACCUGAUCAUGGUCGAUGCACCAACCGGGUACCAUGAUGAGGCACCGGGGAGGAUGACUGCCAUAUACACAGCGGGGAUGAUGGCAAGGAACAGGGCGGACGGUGAGACCGAUGUUUUUGUGCAUGAUGUGAAUAGGGUGGUGGAGGACAAGUUUUCAAAGGAGUUUCUGUGUGAUGGGUACAUGAAGAAACAGGAGGGGAGGUUGAGGCACUUCACAAUUCCAAGCCACAGGGAUGGCAUGGAGAGGCCCUUUUGCCCUUUGUGAUAUUUUUUCGCCUUUUUUAUUGGCUAUCUUUUUUUUUUGGGUGCAUGUGAGGGGGCUUGAGUGAUUCAUUUUUCCACGAAAAUCUUGCUACUUCCAACAGC